UUGCUCGUUGCAGUUACGAACUCGAGGUAGGGCACUAAUUCAAAGCUUUCCUUUCGAGUUCCUAGGCGGUAAAAUCGAUAUAGUUUUCAACAGAUCCCAUCAUGGCGAUGCAGGACGUUAUAAAUAAGGUUAAGGGGACAGCUCUUGGAGUUGCGGAGUACUUGACGCCUGUUUUGAAGGUGCGUUACAAAAUUUUCUACUUAAUCGAAAAUCCAGCUGUGCAAUUUUGUUUUUUUUCGCUUAUUUUCAAUCAAUUUAGAGAAUUAACCAUCUCUUCUGUCAAUAUAGGAGUCAAAGUUUCAAGAAACGGGCGUUAUUACUCCGGAAGAAGUACGUAUGUAGGUUUUUUAGCUGCGUAAUCCAUGUAAAUAUAGUGGAAUUUGUACUCCACAAGCGAUCGUUUAAUCCAUUUGCGCUUAGAUUUGAGCUUCUAAAUGUUAUAGUAAAGUUCGGAUAUAGCGCGCGCUGUCAUUGGUUGAAACAGCGCGCUAUAUGAGAGGAAAGAACAUAGAGCAAGAGCGCUAAAGCUGUCAUGCCAACUGCCAAAUUGUACUAUAUAUGUCCGACCAUUUCCCGGACUUCUCUCUAGCUUUUUUUCACUCAUUGAAAGUGAAAUUUCGGAACAAACGAGCCGGCAAACCACACUAAAGUUGAAAGAUAUUGUGAAACUCAACAAGUGUGGAGGAACACUCGACUACAUCUCGUGUUUCUACCUACACUUCUUUCAUGCUCUAGCCGCUUCCUGCGUGCUUUACAACAGAACAGAGCACAGUCAAGGCUUCUCCGUUAGUAAAAUAGACUAACCAAUUUUUAUUCCAUGACCGAACAAUGUCUUUCACUUUUGAGUGCUUAGAGCGAUGCUUAUACGAAGGAAACCAAAACAACAAUUAACUGUCUACUGUAGAUCCCAAUCAAUCAUUAAUGAAGAAAACAAUUACAAAAAAAGAUAGUUUACCUUUGAGAGGAACGCUUUGUUUUAGGACAGUGUGGGAUGAUGUGGAUAUCUUCUUUUCAAAGUUAUCGCCAUGUAAAGAUAUGCACAUGUAACUUCUCCCUAAAAUAUCCAUAUAUUAUCUAGCAAAAAGUCCAUGAGGAUAAUCAAACUUAUCAGGUAGAAGUUGUUGUCUUGAUCUAACACCAAAUUCUCAUCACUUAUUCACAAGGAAAUGUGAAGUAGUUUAAGGGGAGAAUUAAUGACCAGAUCUCGGCAGUUAGAAAGAUUAAAGGGGCUGCAAUGUGAAAUCCAAGCUUGUCCACAAGCUACAGACUGCAAUAGGAGGUCUUCUAAGCAGCAGUAGACUGCCAAUAACUAGCUUUUAAUAAAACCCUUGGUUCAAACCAUUUACUGUAUCAUUAUUAGUGAUACAAGUAAUUCAAUUUGUUGCAUAUCUACUUAUUUUUUUUAUGUGUGAUUUACAGUUUGUGGCAGCAGGAGACCACUUAGUACAUCACUGUCCAACAUGGAAAUGGUUUGUGUCUGUCUUGUUUUGUUGAGAUUAUAUGAUCUACAGAGGUUUUUCACUUUCACUCCAAGGAGUGAUACAGAAGUUACUUCUCUCAACAAUAUCAAUGUAAUAUCUGGCAAACAGUUGAUGAAAAUAUAGACAAAUAUCAAUUGAUAGGAGAUACUGUUGAGAUCAACACCCAGUUGACUGGACUGUAGCAACUGUUUGAAAGGCUGAUGCAGAAUCAGCAACCUGUUCAAUCUCCUAUUGUUAUUAAGUAAAUUUCUCUGGCAAAAUUAUGAUUUAUAUUCCAAAUUGAUUCUGUCUUUUCUUUCCUAGGGAUUCAGGACCUGAUGAUACUAAAAUAAAGAACUACCUUCCAAAAGACAAGCAGUUUUUGUAUACAAAGAAUGGUAAGCAUGUUUUCCAAUAUUUGUAAAAUCAGUACACCUUGCUUACAUUCCAUGAGUCAUUCUUUAUUUCUGAAAUGAUUUGCCUUUAGUUCCUUGCUACAAGCGAUGCAAGGAAAUGGAACACCAAGAGGAAAAUGAAGCUAUUGUUGAACCAGAUGAAGACGGAGGCUGGGUAGACACCCACCAUCACCUCGAUCCAAGUGGGGAGCAAGCUGUCACUGGUACUCAGGAGUCGUUUGCAAGAGAUGACACUUGAAUCUGACAAGGCAAGUGCUAAUUUAUGAAGGAAGUUACUUUCUAAAGAAACUGUGUUGCUAGUACAUUGUUGGGAGGUAUAACAUGAUAACUUGGUUUUCUCAGUUGGGUUGAUGUUGAAUAAAAUAAGCAAUAAAUUGGUCACUGUAGGUUUUCUAAAGCUUCCUUUUCAAGCAUUAGCCCUUUGUUGGAGAAAAGGGCUAACGGUUUGCAACAAGUUAAUGAAGGGCUUAGUGUUUGCUCUGACAAAGGGCUGCCUCUUGAAGCAUCAGCUCUAGCAACUCUAUGUGGCCAAUGUUCAUUAUCAACUCAGUUGAUAAAACCAAUGAAAUUAUAUGCUAAUCAGUUUGUGCUGAUGGCAUGCUAAGGGUGCACUCACAGGAGUGAUGAGAAACCAUGACCCAUUAAAAGCAGUAACAACAGCAAAUUGUCUUUUAGGGCACAAAAGAUGUAACACCAGUAGAUAAUGAUGAUGAUGAAGAAGAUGAUGAUGAGGAGGCAGUGGAUAUGGAAGGUAAGUGUAAUUGUACUGAUCAUUUUGUUCAGACUUGCAACAUUAUGAAACUACAGAUGGUACCAGUUAACCCUUUAAAUCCUAGAAAUGAUGAACAUGAAACUUCUCCCCAUAAUAUCCAUACAUUAUUCAGCAAACAGGUAAUGAAAAUAUUCAAACUUAUCAGGUAGAAGCUGCUAUCUUGAUCUAGCACCAAGUUCUUAUAACUAAUUGACAAAGAAAUGUGUAGCAGCCACAGGGGAGAAUUAGCAAUCAGAUUUUGGGAGUUAAAGGGUUAUUAAAAAGAUAUUAAGUGCAUUGACAGAACUGAAAAUAAUUUAAUUCUGUCCAGUUCAUAGUUACAUCACCUUUUCAAUUUAUACUUUGAAAAUGAUACACUACUAGUCAGUUUCAUUACAACUACUAUGCAGUACUACUUGUAAUACUGCUUAACCAGCAAUGAUACAAAUGCUUUAUUCCCCAUUUCCUUUUUUUCAUGCAGACCUCAAUUUGUGAUGAGGUACAGUAUAUUCCAAAAAGUGCAAAUGAUGAACAUUCACGAUGAGUAGCAAUAUAUGUCAGUUGUAGUUAAUCACCCCAUGCUUCAGAAACAAAGACAUGAUCCAGUAAUAAAGCAAGUCACCAGGCCUGUUGCUUUUUUCAAAAACUUAACCUUGUCUUUUUGCAGGCUACCUUGUCAAUUAAACCAACUUCUAAGGCUGAGUCAGAGGCGGAGGGAGCCACAGAUGCAAAUGCCUCUGGUGGAAUUCUACAAACAAGAACUUACGACAUGUACAUUACAUAUGACAAAUAUUAUCAGACGCCACGACUGUGGCUGUUUGGUUACAAUGAGGUAAGAGUUUGUUGAAUCUCAUUACAUUGAGAGUGACUGAAAUCCCAGAAUUGCAGGCAGAUCUGAAAAGAAAUAAAACAUUCUUCUGUACUCUUUUGUCAUGAGAGCCAAGACUUUGGUAUCUGUAUCUACUGGGCCUCUCCAUUAUGACAUGGGUCAGUGUAAAACUUCAUGCCACAGGGUGCCAAGAUUUCUGAUGUACAUAUUCAUUUAGAACUAACCAUAUGAAUUUUAAUGCUACAUGUAUAAAGGUUUUGCCUUUCAACUGACCUGGAAAAAAACAGAAUACUUUAUUCUUUGUAGGGAUUAGCUCAAAUUGUUAACAAAAAGGGUCACUGCAUAUCAAUUUUUCCAGUUUUUUAAAGGUCUGGUACAGGUAUUGGGAGUAUAAUGCGACCAGCCAGUCCAUAAUUUUUGGAAUGAGCACUAUUGAGACAAUCAUGUAGCUUUUUGGAUGUUUUAUUUUACAGAACCGAGAACCCCUUGCAGUAGAAGAGAUGUAUGAGGAUAUGAGUCAGGUAAAGUUUUAGCAGUUUUCAGAGUAGAGUUUUGUUGGUUGAUUUUUGCAUCAUGAACAUAAUGUGUGCUUUGAAUUGUAGGACCAUGCAAAAAAAAACAGUGACAUUGGAGGCUCAUCCUCAUUUGCCAAUGACCAUGGCAUCUGUUCAUCCUUGUAGGUGAGUUGCUACAACUGUCUUCUUACACCUAAUCCUUACCUUGAUUCUCUCAAAUACUUUGCACUUUCUCUAUAUCACUACACCUACGGGAAUUUGUUGCUCAUCCCUUUCUGCUGUACACACAAUCUGAUAAAAAUCUGAAUUUCAAGGAUGGGAUACCCUGAAAAUAGAUACUUGGUAUCAACUGCUGUCAACUUCAGUCUCCUUUGCAUUUUCACUUUCGUUCACUUACAUAACGUUCUUCCUGAAAUUUAUUAAGUUAUAGAAUGUAUAUAAUGAGGUGAAGGUAGUUAAUGGUCACUCCUAAAAACGGCAGGCAGACACCUAUCCAAAACGGACACUAAUACCUAAGUGCAAGUGCUGAAUUUUUGGAGAAAGGUCUCUUACAAUCAGAAAUUUCUGCCUUGAGAGACCGACUUUAAGUUUGUUAAUACUUCAAAGAACAAAGCACAAUGAUCCUUUAGUAGAUCAUGUGUAAACCACUUAAUCUAGAGUCCAGUUUGAAAAUUGCUGAAUUAAAAAUACAUCGCCACGUUAUUUUAGUUCACUGAGCCAAAAAAAAAAAAGGACACUGCUGGUUGGUGCAAAUCCGUAGUCACGGGUCUUUUUUUCAACUCAUUAGACAUGCUGACGUAAUGAAGAAGAUCAUACAGACAGUCGCUGAUGGCGGAGGAGAGCUUGGAGUUCAUAUGUAUCCUUUGAAUGUCAUGGUAAUGCGCGUGAUUCCGUGGAAUUAAAGCGUUAUCACGCGUUUCUUAGUACGUGAUCACACAAGAUGGUAUGAUCCAAACCAAGCUCAUACAUGUUCUAAACUAGGAAAAAUAAGCACACAGAAGCAAAGAGAUGGACUUUUUCUAUGCCACUUUUUUAUUUGUGGCCGUUACUUUUGUAGUGGUGAGGACAUAUGUUUAUGACCAAUCAUCUAGCAUUAUUCAUGUAACGUGACUUUCUUAGACCAAUCCGAGAUUAGAACAAUCAUAUUUGAAACUGAGCUGAAAUUUCCCAAGUGAACAGAAGGUGAUAGAGACGUGAGACAGAUUUAAACACAGGAAAAGGUGAUUUUUCGUCUUGUCACGAGCGUGGGACAAAGAAAAAUUCUUAGUCCUAGUGAGGAAUCGAACCUUAGACCUUCGCAUUCCGCGCACCGAUGCUCUACCACUGAGCCACAGAGACAUGUUUUGCAAAUUGAAAACAUCUGUGAUCUGUUCAAAGAAACAAAAUUCGUCCUGCGAACUCAGUCAGCCUUGUCUUUGGAAUGAGUUGAAGACACGAGAAGAAGCCCUAUUUAGAUUUUACGUUUUCCUUGACUUUUUUUCCCCAGUUAUCUACUCAUCUUUCUCAAAUUUGUCCAGGCUGUGAUACCCACAAUAGAGUACGACUAUAUGAGACACUUCACCAUGUGA